AUGCAGCGAACAAGCGCCCCAGCUGCUUCAGCGCCCAUACCGGAGCUCGCCCUGUCCGGCACGCCCACUGUGUGCGCCGACCAGGACACCGGCGAGGCGGCAGACGAGUGCCGCGCGCGGGUGCUGGCGUCAGAUGUUAGCAAGCAGGAGGAUUACACGCGGUUUGAGAACCGCUCAGCGCGCGUGGCCGGCGGCGUGCCGGUGUCGACCAUCGACGACGAGUACACCCGCUCCACCCUGGAACUGGCUGAGAAGCUCGAGACUUACUUUGUCAUCGACGUGUACGACAAGCAGCGCGUGCCCCUGAUCAAGACGAUCAAGACUGACGCCCAGACGUGGGUGACCAAGUAUGCGCGCGGCGGCUCAGUGCGCAAGCAGAGCGCGCGGCGGUUCUACAUCGCGGUGGACGCCGUGCUCGGCCACUUCGCCUCCAACGGGCUUGCCCCGUUCCCCGGGCGCAAGGCCGCCGCCGUGAAGACGAGCAUCGAUGAGGCCCGGGCGCUGCUGGCCGAGGCCAAGUGA